CCCAGGCAGAAUGCUUGAGAAGUAGCAACUUAAGUGGCAGUAUUUGUUCUGAAAUUCUCAAGCAGUCAGACUGUCUUAGGUGAACCUUGAUAAAGAAGUCCUUAUUCAGGAUUUUAUCUAAGGAAUCCGGAGAAGAUGAGAAUGGAGGCACAGCCACGGUUCUUGUCAGAGAAAGAUGGAUAUCAUUUUCAACACCAGGGAGCUGUGGAGCUGCUUGUCUUUAAUUUUUUGCUCAUCCUUACCAUUUUGACAAUCUGGUUAUUUAAAAAUCAUCGAUUUCGUUUCUUGCAUGAAACUGGAGGAGCAAUGGUGUAUGGCCUCAUAAUGGGAUUGAUCAUACGAUACGCCACAGCACCAGCUGACAUUGAAAGUGGAACUGUCUAUGAUUGUGGAAAACUGAACUUCAGUCCAUCAACUCUACUGAUUAAUAUCACUGACCAAGUUUAUGAAUAUAAGUACAAGAGAGAAAUAAGCCAGCACAACAUCAGUCCUCACCAAGGCAGUGCUAUACUUGAAAAAAUGACAUUUGAUCCAGAAAUCUUCUUCAAUGUUCUAUUGCCACCAAUUAUAUUCCAUGCAGGAUAUAGCCUAAAGAAGAGACACUUUUUUCAGAACUUGGGAUCUAUUUUAACAUAUGCAUUCUUGGGAACUGCCAUCUCCUGUAUUGUCAUUGGGUUAAUUAUGUAUGGCUUUGUGAAGGCCAUGGUGUAUGCUGGCCAGUUGAAAAAUGGAGACUUUCAUUUCACUGACUGCUUAUUUUUUGGUUCACUGAUGUCUGCUACAGAUCCAGUGACAGUGCUGGCCAUCUUUCAUGAACUUCAUGUUGACCCUGACCUAUACACGCUCUUGUUUGGAGAAAGUGUGUUGAAUGAUGCAGUAGCCAUAGUCCUUACAUAUUCCAUCUCCAUUUACAGCCCCAAGGAGAAUCCAAACACAUUUGAUGCUGCAGCUUUCUUCCAGUCCGUGGGAAAUUUCCUGGGGAUCUUCGCUGGCUCAUUUGCAAUGGGGUCUGCAUAUGCUGUUGUUACUGCACUGCUGACCAAAUUUACCAAAUUGUGUGAGUUCCCUAUGCUGGAAACAGGACUGUUUUUCCUUUUGUCUUGGAGUGCUUUCCUGUCUGCUGAGGCUGCUGGACUAACAGGAAUAGUCGCUGUUCUCUUCUGUGGAGUCACACAGGCUCAUUAUACCUACAACAAUCUGUCACUGGAUUCCAAAAUAAGGACUAAACAGUUGUUUGAAUUUAUGAACUUCUUGGCUGAGAAUGUCAUCUUCUGUUACAUGGGGCUAGCACUAUUCACAUUCCAGAAUCAUAUCUUUAAUGCUCUCUUCAUACUUGGAGCCUUUCUAGCAAUUUUUGUUGCCAGAGCCUUCAACAUCUAUCCCCUUUCCUUUCUCCUGAAUCUGGGCCGAAAACAGAAGAUCCCCUGGAACUUUCAGCACAUGAUGAUGUUUUCAGGUUUACGAGGAGCAAUAGCUUUUGCCUUAGCUAUUCGGAAUACGGAAUCCCAGCCCAAACAAAUGAUGUUUACCACCACGCUGCUACUGGUGUUCUUCACAGUCUGGGUGUUUGGAGGAGGAACGACCCCCAUGCUGACUUGGCUUCAGAUCAGAGUCGGUGUGGACCCGGAUGAAGAGCUAAAGGAGGAGCCUGACUCACACCAGGCAACUAGUAACGUGGAUAAAAGCAGGACGAAAACGGAGAGUGCUUGGCUCUUCAGAAUAUGGUAUGGUUUUGAUCACAAAUAUCUGAAACCAAUUUUAACCCACUCUGGUCCUCCACUGACCGCCACAUUACCUGAAUGGUGUGGUCCAAUUUCCAGACUGCUCACCAGUCCUCAGGCCUAUGGGGAGAAGCUCAAAGAGGACGAUAUAGAAUGUAUUGUACACCAGGAUGAACUAGCCAUGACUUACCAGGAGCAAGCCACCUCCCCCUGCAGCCCUCCUGCAAGGCUGGGGCUGGACCAGAAAGCUUCACCCCAAACUCCGAGCAAGGAAAACAUUUAUGAGGGAGACCUGGGCCUCGGAGGUUAUGAGCUCAAACUGGAGCAAACUCCAGGUCAGGCCCAGCUGAACUGAUGGGCAUGCGCAGUGCAGAUGUGAUCCCAGGGCUGCAGGGCUCACAGAGAUCCCUGAAUCUCACUGGCGUGGGCACAGUGCCCAAAAAAGGCUGGGGAGGCAGCGGUAGCGGCUGCUGGCGAGAACCCGAACUUUAUCUCACGGGCCUCUGCUGCCUGAAGAAAGGAGAACUUACUCGCAUUCCUCUACAUUAUGCAACCAAACUGAAGCUUUUGACAGCAGGCUUUUUUUUUUUUUUAAUUAAUGAAUUGGGCGGGGACGGGGGCGAGGGUGGGGGAAGCCCAGCUGCCUGAGGGAGGAUGGAACAGAUGUGCUUGUGUCUGCAGGCUGUUUCUUCUCUUGACUCCGUGCUUCGGGCCCUUCGUUUCCCUUCUGGAUUUUAUUCUGCUCAUUAGGAAGAGUUUAAAAAUAAGAGGGUGUCCCUGAGUGUGAGUGUUGUUCCCAAGCAGAAGUGUAUGGCCACUUAUGUCAUAAGGGGGACAUACGUUUUCUCUUCUGAUGCCCAGCACUCUCACUAGCCAGGGAUGAAUCCAGAGAAGUGGCCAGGAGCCUGGCCUUAGGAAACCCCUGCUGCACUGGCCUCCAUUUCUCAUGCUUCUCCCACAGGAUGAAGGGGCUAGUCACACCUGUGUGCGCCUGGCACAAAAUGCCACUCCCCAGGGAAAGCCACUCUCUUCACACUGUGGUGUCAGGGAAGAAUGGACCUCCCUGUGCUGGUUUGCAUGUGAGUUCCUUCUUGGCUCUAGGCUUUUCCCCUCUGAGCACUGGGUGAUGAGGCUCCGCAGCACAAAAUGUUCCAGGAGACGGUCCAAACCCACCUUCUUUUGCAGCUGGCACCAAGGAUUAUUAAGGCAUCAGCAGCAGGAGCAGCAAGGGUGGGGCCUGGGGUGCGGGGACCAAACAGUUUCAGGUGUCCUCCUGUGCAUGGCGUGGCUCCUGGUGGCCCUCAUCAGAGCCACGGACACAAUAGCUUUGGACUCAGCUGCAUGACCUGUGCCUUUUAAGCCAUAAAGAUACCUCAGGCCCAGCUUCACUUGAAAUCCAUAUGUUAAACUAGACUCUGCAAAGCAAACUCCAGCCCCAGGUACCCAGGCUCCUACGAGUCUGCUUCUAAGGAAGAAGAGGAAGUCUGCCUUCCUUGGGCCCAAAGCUUGGAAGGAAAACUUGCUUUGCUGACCAACUGCCCAGCCUUAAACCUAACUACAGAGGUGCCCAGCACACUGCAAGGCACAGCCACUUUCUUGCUUUCCUGAUAGUAGAAUCCAGGGCCCAGAACUGUUUAUAUACUGCUAAGUUAUAUCUGAUAAUUCCAUUGCCAUAAAUAUGGCAAAUGAUGAAGCAUGAAGUUUUCUAAUUUGACUUAAUUCUAAUAAAACUUUGUUGCAA